AAGGAGAGGUGCCGCCAUCGCAGUCUGCCAAGACCAAGAUGGGGCGGAAGACGGCAUUGGUGCAUCAAGGAAUCUCCUUGCUUGACAACAGCAGUCGACACGUACAAGACGAUGAUGAUUUCAACCCCAUGGAUGAGGACCUCGCCAACGUUGCUGGUGAACAGUUUGUAGCACUGGAUGACUGCGAUAAUCCACAUCGUGAUGUCAGCUAUGGUCCUACAAGAACCGUGAAGCCAGACAGUGUGCAGAAUGGACAAGGAAAGCUUCCAGGCUUUCGUAUUAGACCUGGAGCAAAGAAAAAUAGCUCAGGCCUCACUAAAACUUAUAAAAGGAAAAGAGGGGGGCCCGGUUCCAAGUUUGCAAAGAGCAAGACAGAGCAGAAGCCGGCGUUAUUUGACAGCAGCUGCCGUAGCGAUAACUAUAGUGACGGUGACAAUGAUAAUGAUUUUGAGCCACCGACACCAAUGAGGAAGAUAAGGAGGCCAGCACGUUCGAAAUCUGUAAAGAGAAAGAUGGAAUACGAACUGCUCUUGGUUGACAGCAGCAGUAGUAGUGAGGGCAAGGAAGAUAAUGAUGAUAAUUUUCAGCCAGAGGUAGCUGGUGAUGGCAGUUUCCCUAAGAAAUAUGCACGAAGAAAUUGUAGUAUUAAUGGUGCUGCUUUGGAAAGAGCUCUUGAGCUAGAGAAGAAAUUGCCAGCAGAAGGUCCAACCUUUGUCAAGGGUAUGAUGCACUCACAAGUUGUUAAGGGGUUUUGGCUGGGCAUCCCAGCUACUUUUUGCAGAGACCAUCUGCCAAAGCAUGAUGAUAUAAUUAAAUUAGAAGAUGAUAAAGGGAAGACUUAUGAAACAAAUUACAUAGCUUACAAGACGGGACUGAGUGGUGGAUGGCAGGGAUUUGUGAAAAAGCAACAUCUUAAGGUCGGUGACGCCGUGGUCUUCCAACUAGUGGGAGAGACAACAUUUAAGGUGUACAUACUGAGGGAGAAUGAGUUCACCGCUACUGAUGGAGCCCUCGGUCUCCUGAGUCUGGACAAAUCUAUGGAGAAUAGCACAUCAAAGAAAGAAAAAGAAAGUUCCAACGAACAUGCCAAGUCUAAGGAGGCAGUAGAUGGUGGCAUCCGAUUUCCAUGUUCAGACAUUGAUGAUUUCGCCGCCGUGAAAAGCAUUGUGGAUUUCAAGAUCGUCAUUGGAAAUGGUUUGCUAGUACUCCCAGAUCACAUGCGCACGACGUACUACCAUCUCUGCCAGGCCCGGAAGGCUUUCCUCCACAGGAAUCUGCUGAAGACAAUAAGCCCCGAGAUCACCACACGUAUGAUUGUGGAGACGGCCAACAUUGCCGAGGGCAUCAGAGCCUCCUCCCCUGCUUCCCUCGGGGACCUUGCAGGGUGGAAGAAGACCCUAGAGUCAUUUGAGGCCAUGGGCAUGGACGUCACCUUGAUGCGCAAGCGCGUCGACGACCUCCUUGGCCUCCUCGGCACUCCCUCACAGAUAUCAGUGGUGCCCAAGGGGUACGAGGUGGUGAGGCUAGAGCGGGCUCGCGCAGCGAAGGAGUUGAGAGGCAUCGAGUCGAGGGUGUCGACCCUCAAGCAUUCUCUGAAGGUAAUAGAUGUGAAGAUGGAAGAGAUAGUGGAGGAAAGUACGAGGAAGAAGGAACAAGCCAUGCGAAAGCUAGCGACCACGCUAUGGUGAUCGACGACGAUGUUCUGCGUGCAUCUUCAGUAGUAACUAGCUCCACGCACCUCAGACUUUUUGUCCUACCUUUCUAGUUAUGGUUUUGUCUAUCUGGUUGGGUUUAUUGCUACAUCAAACGUACCAAGAUGAUGUUUCAGGGUUUAUUAUGAGUGUUCUUGGUUUAUUUCUAAAGCUACCGAUUUUGUUUUACUGCCAGCAGCCUUGCUCCAGUUAGGUUACUACUGAACAUACGUGUAUUGGAAGGAGAUAAGUCAUCUCUAUUAAUCUCACUUCUCCCUUUCA